AAAACACUAGCAAAACUCCAUCUCUCCCCUCUCUCUCACACACACAUUCACACUUGACAUCAUGUUCGCCCUUCGUCGUGCUGCUGUUGCCGCCGCUCCCAUUGCCGUGCGCUCGUCUGUCCGUCCCUUCUCCGUCUUGGGUGCCCGUCUUUCUGGUGCCGUUUCGGCUGAAAGCAUCGAGAAGAACCUUGGUCCCGGUGGUGCUCCUGGUACCGUCCCCACUGAUCUCGAACAGGCCACUGGUUUGGAGCGUCAGGAAUUGUUGGCCAAGUUGGAGGGCAAGGAACUUUUCGAUAUGGAGCCAUUGAACAUGACCCACCUUGGUACUGUCAAGAACCCCAUCGUCGUCCAAUCGCACGACCCCAUCCGUUUCGUUGGCUGCACUGGCUACCCUGCCGAGUCCCACGACGCCAUCUGGAUCAACUUGGACAAGUCCCACGAGCACGACCGUUGCCCUGAGUGCGGCUCCGUCUACAAGAUGGACUUUGUCGGUUCUGAAGACGACCACCACCACUAAAUUUGCAUUAAACGAAACAACUGUUUCUGACUUGAACAAAAGAAAAAAAGAAUCAUCUGCUUAAAUAUACAUGUAUACAACAACAAUGACCAAACCGUUUUCUUUUCCGUUUCUCAUAUUCGUAAAAAAGCGAGCCCCAAGGAAACCUUUCUCCGCGUCAUCAAAACUACACUUUAGAUUUCUGUGCUAAUAAAGUUCCUUGUGUGCAUAGUUUGUCUAUAUUUGAUACUAUUCGAUGGAUAUUUGUGUGGUAAUAACAAGCGACUACAUACUGCAAGCAUAUGGAAUUAUGGCGGUCCUUCCUCGCUUCGCUCCGUGUCAUUCAACGGAAACGUGUCGCAAGG